AUGGCCCCCGUUCGGGUAACUCCGACUCGUGGAGAUGGUACUCGCGCGCUGAUGGCUUUAUCCAAGUGGGCUUCACGUCAUGCAGAGAAGCACUCGUUGAGCUGGAAGAAGGUGAUCACUCCAGCUGCUCUCAUUGAGAAGACUCAUGCCCGACAACUCGAUGCGCGUGACAAAGUGUUCGAGCGCCAUCUCCCGUUCUCGUGGCUGCGGUUCUUCAUCGGAGCUGUGUCGCUAGCUCUCGUUUUCUCCGACGUCUUACGCUCCGGUGUGGGCGUGUCAAAUCUUCAAGAUGUGUACCCAUCACUGCAGCCAGACGAAGUGGUAAGUUUUGAUACAUCGUGGAACUAUUUAGUGUUUGCGUCUACCGAAGAGGAAGCCAGAAAAGGCAGCACAACAGCACGUGUAUGGAGCUACAAGUACGACUCGACUUCGAUCACGUGGCGAGCAUUUGCACGUUUCUUGUCAGCUCCAGACUUUCCGAAUUGUUUCUUGUACACUAGUCAAUGCCCCACACAGAGUUUUAGCGGCGAGGUGGCAUUCCGGAUGAUCGACUCUCUUUAUAUCGAUCGACUUCACCAGUUUAUAUUGCCGACAUGGUUUAUCAACAUUAACUGGCGCACCAACCAGGCAUUGUAUUAUUCUCCAGAGCUACUUGCAACGACAAAUGCUCGUUUUAUUUGUUUCCCGAUUAUUGGGAACAGGAUCCGAAUGCCGCGUUUUUGUCAUGAGCUCUGGACAAAUUUUGAAGGAUCUUGUGCUCCUGAUGACGCUAAAGGCAGAAGUGUUGGGUUGCUGCACGUACACACCAUGACACGUGUUCGUGACGUCCAGCGUCGCUUUCCGAACGCAACAUUGGAUUUAACACUUUUAGAAAGUCAAGAAGACAUGCAAAUAUGUCGAGGAGGACUCACGUCCCUCGGGUUCAAACGCUCGGAUGUGAGUGCCAUCGUACGUGCUCGAAACUGUGUUGGCAAAGGAACAACCCGCUCUUGCGAAACAGUUUUCGUCGAAGAUUAUCGAUACGAAACCGGAUUAUUAUCUUCGGACGUUGUGCAGUGGUAUAAAGUAGUGGCAGCUCUGAGAAGCAUCGGACAAGGCUACUUCUUGUUACGUGGUCUCGGAUUGAUGCUAAGCUGCUACUUUGUUCACGGUGUUACCAAAUCUCAGAAGAAAAUACCCACCUGGACUCGAAUGCGCAAAGCUCGCCAUCUAUUUAUGAAGGUCCCGACGCAAUGCGUAGUGUUCGGUAGUCCGUUCCCCGUGUCGUGCUAUGUUUUGGCUCAUUUACUGGACGCUCCUUUUCCGUACGACGUGCUAGAAAGCCAUUUUUUCUCUCAAGGUGGCGUGUUGGACAUCCAUCUCGAAGCGUUUAUCUCCUAUGCUGUUGUUCGGAUGCGAAACGUGUGGAUAUACGCUAACUAA